AUGGCAACGCGAGCAGUGCGCGGGUAUCGCACCAUCUCCCGGGAUGCUGCGUGCCUGCUCGCCGGAAGCGUCCCAUGGGACCUGGACGCAAGAGCCCUCGCCGAUGUGUACUGGCGUAGCGCAGAAGUCCGUGCGGGGGGCAGCAAUCCCCUUCCGGACGCCGUACGUCGGUGGAGGGACGAAGCCAGAGACAGGGCCCUGGAGUUGUGGGAGGAGCGUCUCUUGGAGCCGCGUGUAAGCGUAGACCUCAUAGGGGCUAUUCGCCCAGUAUUCAGAGAGUGGGUGGACCGAAAGAAAGGCGCCCUCUCGUUCCGCCUCACACAGGUGCUGACCGGGCACGGCUGCUUCGGUCGGUACCUGUGCGAGAUCGUCGGAAGGGAGGAGACGACGCGGUGCCACCACUGUGACGACGAAAGGGACACGGCCGCGCACACCUUAACGGCUUGUCCCUCUUGGACACGACAACGUGCGGCAUUAACGGCCGCCAUCGGACCGGACUUAUCACUGCCAGCGUUGGUAAGUGCCAUGCUGAGCAGUGAGCAAAACUGGAGGGACGUGGAGAAGUUCGCUGAAGAGGUGAUCUCCAACAAAGAAGAGGCAGAGCGCGAUAGAGAAAGGCGGGCGCUGGACCCUCUUCGACGAAGACGACCAAGGCGACGUGUCAUCCGGAAUGAUAACUUGCCGCCGUAA